AGGAGUAGUUUACAAUGCGGAGUAUUAUUUUUGUUUUCAAAUUAAUUUAUGUUUUAUAUGUUGUUGCAUUGGAUUCAGAAGAAUGGAAAUUAAUAUUUAAAGCAGCCACUGGAGGCAAUGGAAGUGUGUACGAGCUAUUUACCGGUCCGGAUAUUCUAAAUGUGGAUAAUGCACAAGCACAAUCGCUAGUGCAACCAGUAAGGGAGCAUUUUAAGUCGGACAUUGUUAACCAAUGGUCAAAAAUCGGUAUUACAGAGGUCCUUGUUAGAAUACAUAACAAUGGAGAGGAGGUUGCGUUCUUUAUGUUUGACGGAGUAGGCAGCAACAAGACCAACUGGUUCAGUCUUGCGCGUUUAAAACAGUCAAGUUAUGCUGAUUUAUACAACUCUACCAGCAAUGUUGCCGUAAAUUUUUUCAGCAUAACCGGACUUCAAGUGCCAUCACUUAUCUAUCGAACCUUUUACAUCAACUCAGUAUGGGAUGGUUGCCCAAAUGACACUGGUUGGCUAAAUAUUUUUGAUGAAAACAGCAUAUUUGGUUGUCCUGUGUGGGAGGAAGUAUACUUAACACAAGUACCAGCUAUACUCUAUAGUCCACUCCAAACACUGGUAAAUUACGAAGAAGAAGCCACUGCUUUAUUAGCUGAAAGUAUGACUGUAUCGGUUAGAUUUGAUAGAAGUAAUAUGACAUGCGUUCGAAUGUGUUCUACGCCAGUGCAGCAGGAUGCAUCUUCCUAUUGUUACAAACCAUGUGAUUCCCCGAGUGUUAUCGACGUGGAUCAAAAAGUAAAACAACUAAAGGAAAAAUUAACAGUCGAUAGAAAGAGUACAUCAAUGUAUAAAAGAUCUUUAAAGUGUGUUUAUGAAAACAGAACAUCAGCAAAAACCAUGGGAAUUAUGGGAGCUGCAAUUAUCGGGUCUGUUAUCGGAUUGUUUGUGUUCCUCGAUUGUUUAAGAUGGAAGCAGGGAAAUGAACAAUAAAACUUGGAUACUAGUGUUAAUAAAACUGUAGUAGGCUAUAGAAAUCAUUGUAUUCCCCAAAUUCACCGCAUUCAAUAUUUCUUUACGUUUAUUAUUGUUUAUCAUAAAAUUGAGAAUGGAAAUGGGGAAUAUGUCAGAGAGACAACAACCCGACUGACAACAGCCGAAGGCCACCAAUGGGUCUUCAACGCAUCGAGAAAAUCCCGCACCCGUAGAUGGUCCUCAGCUGGCCCCUAAAAACAUUGUGUACUAGUUCAGUGAAAAUGAACGUCACACUAAACUCCAAAACAUAUAAAUGAACUAAUAUUAAAAAAACAUACAAGACUAACAAAGGC